AUGAACAAUUUACUUAAACGAUUCGAACCAUCCUUAACAGAUGUGAUCAAGUAUCUCCAAGAACAUUAAGACAUGAUCUUAAUUGAACGCAACCCUUAUUAGGCAGAUAGAUUGAUGAUGAUGUUGGAUAAUGAGAAGUUGGAUGCUUUAGACAAGGAGUUUCAUGAACAUCCGAAUGGCAUUGAGUUACCAAAUUUCAUAUGGCUAAUGAAAUGUGCAAUCUCCCAUGCUCCUGAGGAUAAAUAUGAAUUAGUGAAUGGGUUGAUAAAGUUGUUCCAGGAUAUAGAUAUCAAUGGGGAUGGCCAUAUGGAAUGGGCUGAGUUCACUUAAUAUAUUAUCGAUGCAGUUAUUGGUUCGAAGGAUGCUUAACUUUAUGAUACCAGAUUUGAGAAGGAGAGGGAACUGACAGAAAUUGAAGUACUUGACAGAGCCUAUUCAAGAAAAUCUAAACGUUAUAUCCCUAUGGCAUAAGUAGAUGAUUCUAAUCACAAGAACCCAAUAAAGAACAUUGCCUACUGCGCAUAAUUAGAUAGUGUUAUUUGUUUGGAGUCAAACUCUUAACAUUUGAGAUUCUACACUCCUGAGUGCCAGGAUAAGAAGGUUACUCUGGCACCUGAAUCUGAAUAAGGCAAAAUAUUCAUCUUACAUUUCCACACUGUUGACAACUAUAUUGCAGCAGUUACAAGUGAUAGACAAAUGAUAUUCUGGGAUGCAACAACCUUUAAAGUUAUUAAAUAAUUCAAGUAAGAAGUUUUAUAGACUGGUAUCUGGUACUUCCCUUAUCAUGAAUUAUGGGUAACAGCUGGAUCCGAUUACAAUAUUAGAGGAUGGAGUAUACCUUGGAAUGAAAAGGAUUCUAAAGGAUAGGUAAUUAAAUUCUUGAAUGCUCAUACAAAACAAAUAACUGAUAUUGUUGAACUGAUUAGUCCCAAAUUAUUGGCAUCAGCAAGUUAAGAUGGUAAAAUUAAGUUAUGGGAUAUGCAGGAUUAGAAAUUUAUAACAGAAUUGAAAACACCAGCUCCAUCGAAAAGAGGGGUUAAAGGAUUAAGUUACAAUCAGGAUUAUGGAUCGAAUUUAAUUAGUUAUGGAUUCGAAACCUAUAUCAAUGUUUAUUGUCCAGAAGUGUCAAUAACAAGAGCAUAUAUUGGAAGAUUAGAGGGUCAUUCUUCAUUGGUGGUGACUUGUAAAUUCAUCCCCUAAUCUCCUAAUUGUGUUAGCAUUGAUGACCAUACAAAUAUUAGAAUAUGGGAUAUUAGAUAGAUGAGUAGUGUGUAAGUGAUACCAAAUGAUUAGUAAUCUCUAGUAACUGAUUUGUGUAUAAUAACAAGGACUGAUAGAUUUGUUUAUUCAGGGAAGAGAUUAAAUUAUUUCUAUAAUGCUGCUUAAAUGAGUAGUAAUUAGAAAUAGAAAGGACCUAAUGAGGAAGUGUAUCCAAUCAAUGUUGAAUUCAACAUGUAUUUCAAUUAAUUCAUUGUUUUAACCAAGUUUGAUUUGAGAAUAUAUGAUGCAAUGGGUGGUAAGUUGAAGAAAGUGAUGAAUGAAGUAUUUGAUGAUAAAAUAUAAUUGGAUUUGUCAACUUUCUGUUUUGGAGGAAGACAAAGAAAACUAUUCAUUGCCGACAAUGCUGGAUUGAUUAGAUAAUAUAAUAUGAAGACAGGAGAGUAUCUAAAAAAAGUUAAUAUGCAUAAUGAAAUUGAGAACUCAGAGUUUGCUAAUAAAUUGGCUAAUAUCAAAAAAAGAGAUACAUUGGAUAUCAGUUCAAUUAUUUUCUUAUAAGAAGAGAAACUGUUGAUAUCAGCAAGUCAAGAUUCCACUAUUAGAAUAUAUGAUGAAACAGAUCCAGAAGAAUCAAUCUUAUUAAAGGUCUUUUGUGGUGGACAUCAAAAUUCUGAAAUCCUAUCAAUGGCAUUCAGUCCUAAUUUCACUAUGUUAGCAACUGGAAGUGCAAAUGGUUUGAUUUCUCUAUGGGAUUUUGAAACAAGUAAAUUAUGCGGAGUGCUUAAUACUCCAUAACCAUUGCCAGAAGUUACUGCUUUAGAAUUUGCUGAUCCAUAUCCUGUCUUAGUGAGUUUGCAAGGAAUACUUAUAAGCAUCUGGAAUAUUAAAACAAAUAAAUGUCUGUUAAGAAUCCACACUAAUCCCUAACAUCCAAUGUUAUCUGUGGCCAUCUUCUCAGACAUAUCAAGUGGACCUUCAAGAUAGGAAUUGUUACCUGAAUUUACAGGACCUUUGGUUGAUAAGACUGCUCAGGAUAAAAAGUCAAAAUUAAAUCUAUAAGAGGAAUAAGAGGGGUUGAUGAAGGACAUUUAACAAUAUGAUACUGAAUAACAUCAAAAUAAAAGGAGGGCCUUACUUUACAUGGGGGAUUAGAAGGGAUAUAUGCAUAUUCUAUCACUAACAGAGUUUUUAUCGAGAAAAGGAAUUACUGAAAUGGAAAAAUUAAAGAAGGGUCAUUCUUAUUAAUUAAAGAGGAAGGAUUUGAUAGAUGUAUCCAAGAGUGUUGAAACAUUCCUAGUAUAAGAGGAGAAACAAUAGAAUCCUGUUCUUACUUGCAAUAUUUCUGCCUUACUUAUUAGAUAAUGGGUAGCUCAUAGUGCUGCGAUUGUUAAAAUCAAUAAGGUUCGAGAGUUAGUAUCAUUUAUCAGUUCAUCUAUGGAUAAACACUUUAAGAUAUGGUCCAUGAAAGGAGAUUUGUGGUCUGAUAUUAGUUUGGCUAAAUAUGAUGGAUCCAAUUAUUGGAAGUUCCCUUUUGAUUGGGUUGGAUAAAAACUAAAAGAUAUUGAAUUAGUGUUUGAUGCUUUAAAAUUGAUUGAAAAAGAGAACCUAUCUCCAUAUGAAAAGGAAAGAGUGAAGGUCAGAUUUCUGGUUAAUAAGUAUUUUAAUGAACCAGCAUUGGAGGAAAUGUAAAGAAAUUAUGCUUAACCUGAAUAGGUGAUUGUUCAGAGAGAGAAAAAACGCCUCAUUUAAUCAUAAUCCUAGCCUAUGAACAUAGCCUUGAAAUCGAUUGCUGAACCAUACAAAGAAUUGACACAAAAAAUGAAGGAUGAUCAAUUGAAAAAGAAGAAACUAGAAUUACCUGAAGUGUAAGAAGAACCAAAAAGACCUCAAUCUUAACAUGGGCUAGUGCAGAGAUUGAUCCUUGCAUUCAAUGACAACAAAGACAUAGCCAAAGAGGAUGGAAUUGAUCCCAAAAAGAAACAACCUAAUAAAAAUAAUCAUUAGAAACGAAUCUAAGAACUGCCUCAAAUGAAACCCUCUACUAGUCAUUCGACUUUCUUAUAAAAGUAUCAAAGAAAUUAUAGAUUCAUUUAAACUCAAGUUCAGACGAGACCACAUACUGAAUCUAAGAAAUAUAAAUUUGUUCAUGACAUCAAAUACUAAUUUGGAGAAUCUCAAAGAGCCAUGAAGAUCAAAUAUUAUCAAAACUCUCUUAAAUUUUAAUCUAUAAGUCCAUAAAUGUUAUGUGAUGACAAUGAAAUUCUAUAGAUGAAGUGCAAAUUCUACAAAAAAUAAAAUGAAGAUCUCAUCGAAUCAGAAUCAUCUGAUAAAUCUUAUGAAGAAGAUGAUCUUGGACAUCCAAAAUAACAUAAACAAAUUAUUGCUAGUCACAAUUUCUUAAACAAUGCUCAAAAGAACGAUCACAAAGUAUUAAAUACAAAAAAAAAGAUUUUUGUUGUCUGA